GAUGCUGUAUUGUUAAUUUGAGCAGAAACUGUGAUAUUAAGGCUUCUUGUGCACUUUCAUAUCCCUUUCUUAUAGUAGUAGUAUAAAUUAUAUAAUAAUUAUGAGUCUAGUUAUUUUAGUGUGAAAUAAUUCUUAGUAAAAUGUUGGUUGGUUUGGUAAAUUAAGAACCUAGCUCUGAUUUUCGAUACUCAAUAGUAUAAUGUUUUGAUAUGUUAAUUUUAAUAAAUUAUAUAGAAACUUAAAAUAAAAAUAAAGGAUUUGGUGUGAAAUAUUGGAUGAAAAUCCGAUCCUCCUGGCACUCCGACCACGCACCCUGGAUUCCAUUUAAAAAUAAUAAAUAUAACUACAAGAAAUAAUUUUUUAAAUAAUGCAAAAUGCAAGAACAAUUAAUAUCAGAAUCAUUUGACAUAAUUUAUUUAAGUUCUGUCAACAACCCAUUGCAGGUUCUUGAUCCAAUCCUCUUGUAAAUGAUGUCACAUUUCAUUUUCUGCAUUGUUUCACAGCCACACCUUACUAUUUAUCCUUUACAAAUUUUUAUCUGGAUUUGUUGAAAAGCUAUAUAUGUGAUGUAUAUUUGGUGAUUUAUUUUGCAGAAAAAUUGAAAUAAAUGGAAGAAAGUGUUUUUACUCGUUGCUUGGAAGGAAUAAAAAAUGUGAAAUCUGAAGAUGGAGAUAUGAUGACCAAGCCUUUUUUGGAUGUCUGCAAACUUAUUUUGCCGAUUUUAGCUGAAGUUGAAACAUCAACUGCCAAAUCAUCCUCUAGUUGCACCAGUGGCCUCCUCUGGUUAAUCAGAGCAAUGGAUUUCAUAGUAGAGCUAUUCAAGAAUCUAGGUGAGCAUCAAGAUUGGUCAAUGUCACAAAUUUAUAACGAAGCAUACACCAAAACCUUGAAGAAAUGGCAUGGUUGGAUUGCUGCUUCAAGUUUCACGGUUGGUCUGACGCUUGCACCGGAGAGGAAGAAGUUCAUGGAGGUUUUAGGCAAACACGGAGGUGACAUAAACACUGAUAUGCAAAAGUUCUGUACAGAGUUCUCACCGAUCCUACAAAAGAUCCAUAGGUUUCUCGCAAGUUGUGGAUUGGACAGUAUGAAAGCUUUAUGAUGGUUUCUAAUUGUAGUUCCUGUAAAUUUGUUGUUAUCUUUGUGAUGCAUAUCAAUGAACGAACAAAUACUUGUCUCUUGGUAAUCACAACUUUUCUAUGUAUAUAUUGUGUCACAUAGUUUAAUUCGUUUGGAAA